AUGGAAGACACAGAUUAUCAUAUUUCUCCUAAGCUUGCAAGGCUUAAUAGGAGUCUCAUUAGAAGGCAGAAAAGGGCUAAAAACGUGGCCUUUGAAGAUGGCCAAAUAUUACCUAUGAAGAGGCAUUCUACAACAAAUCAUUCACCUAUAUUGUGCGAGAAGGAAAAUAUAUUUCAAUCCACUCAGAAUUAUGACGGUGCCUCUACUUCAAUACAUCGUUAUGAUGUUCGUCUUUGUGAUGGGCAAAAUAGAACACCUCUAUCUGACAAGACUAAUGCUCAAUAUUCUGCUGUAUCCAUUAAUAUAUGUGGAGGUCAAAUUCAUGGUAAGGAGAAUCAUUCUCUGAAGCAGAAUGUUACUUCUAACCUCGGAGCCAAUGCGGAGACUAUUUUGGUUCCAUCUGCCAAUCUAGAUGCUGCGGAGACUAUUUUGGUUCCAUCUGCCAAUCUAGAUGCUAAAACAAGUUACAGGAGCAAACGUCCUUUGAUUCCAUCUUCAAAGACGUUGAUUUAUCUUGCUGGGACUACCCGUAAUUUGUUUAACGAAUCCCAAUUAGACAUCGAUCAUUCAGCAGCUUAUUCAGUUGAAAUUUCUUCCAAGAAGUUCAACAUGACUGCGAAGGUAUUUUACACCUUUUUCAUUGAUGGAUAUGAUGACAUUGCUGUAGAUGAUGCCUUCAUACCCGAGUCAGAUACAGUGGAUGCAGUUGAUUAUUGGGAUGCGGGUGAUCCUAUUUUUUGUUGUCUAUUUUGCAAUGCCAACAUGUGGAAUAAAGAGAGAUUAACCAGAACUAAUGGGCAUGCUACACCACAUUUUGGUCUUUGUUGUAUGGAUGGGAAGGUUCAAUUGCCUAUUCUUAAAUCAGCUCCUGAUAUUUUACAAAAUCUUCACUUUAAGCAUGAUGAGACAUCGAGGUUCUUUAAGAAGAAAAUUCGACUAUUCAAUUCUAUGUUUUCAUUCACAUCUAUGGCUGGUAGAAUGAACAACAACAUAAACAAUGGAUCUGCCCCACCAACAUUUUUACUUAGCGGUCAGAAUUACCAUUCUAUUGGUAGCUUACUUCCGUCAGUGAAUAAUACCCCAAAGUUUGCUCAGCUAUAUAUAUAUGAUACUGAUAAUGAAGUCGAGAAUCGAAUUAAGGCUGUUCGGCAAUCUGAUGAUAUCACCGAUGUGGAAAGGGUUAUUGUAGCUCAACUUAAAACUAUGCUUGAUAUUCACAACCCAUUAGCAAGGACGUUUCGAUAUGCUCGAGACCGGUUUAAAGAUUUUAAUCCUCCUGACAUAAGAAUUAAGUUGAUUAGAAGAAGGAAUACUGAUGGAAGGCGUUAUAAUUUGCCAACAAUAUCUGAGGUUGCAGUUAUCAUAUUGGGUGAUAUUGAUGAGUCCUCUUUGAAAAGGGAUAUAAUAGUUGAGUCACAUUCUAGCCAGUUAAAAAGGAUUGAUGUUCUUCACCCACAAUACCUUGCUUUGCAGUAUCCUUUAUUGUUUCCAUAUGCGGAGGACGGAUAUAGGGUUGGAAUUGAAACUUCCUUUCAUUACAAUAUUGAUGGUUCAAAGAAGAGGAAAACUAUCAGCAUGAGAGAGUUCUUUGCCUAUCGCUUGCAGAUGAGGUCUCAAGAUUCUCCUAUUUUGUUACAUUCUGCUAGACUUUUCCAACAAUUCUUGGUUGAUGCAUAUACAAUGGUUGAGGCUGAACGAUUGAGCUUUAUUAGAUUUAACCAGCCAAAGUUAAGGGUUGAAAGAUACAAGGCCUUACAUGAGUCAUUCGUAAGAGGCGAAGCUGACGCCGUUGCCACUGGGCAGCGUAUUAUUCUUCCUAGCACAUUUACCGGUGGUCCUAGGUACAUGUUUAACAACUGCAAGGAUGCUUUUGCUAUUUGCAAAUAUGCUGGAUAUCCUAGCUUCUUUAUUACAAUUACUUCCAAUCCUGACUGGGAUGAGGUUAAGAGAUUGCUUCACGGUUCUGGUUUAUCACGAGGCAAUUCCCUUUGA